ACGAGCAUCGCACCCCAGUUUUAAAUGCCACUCCAGCUUCAGGCGCUAGGACCCAGUGCACGUGUACGCUUCAUCACCGGGAGGUGGAGGCGAUGAGACAAUGAGAAGGGAUGGAAAUGAAAUGCUGUAGUGAAUGAAAUGCGAAUCAGCGGUGAAUACUGGAAUUAGUAACCCUGGGAAGGCUGGUAGGGACGCACGAAGGGGAUUGCUAUUCUGCAAACCGGAGAAACAAUGCACCUGACCAAAAGAACAUUAUUUUAAUAGUUUUUCCCGUUGAAAAUGAAUAACAAGACACAAAAUUCCUAAAUAUCACUGGCAUAAUUUUUCACCCCAGUCGUUUCUUAUGGUUUGCAGUUGUAUUUUUUCCAUUCAUUUUAUAUUUUUUGCGCUGCAAAUGCACGGAUUUGAACUAGCAAGUGAAGUACUGAACUGCGGGUUACGGAAAAAGCAUAAACGGAUGUGAACGGCAUGGUCGUAUAUUCAAAUAAACUGACAAAGCCGCGAGAUUGCGACACCAAUCCAGUUUAAUUCUGCUAAGCAAUUACUUCCUCGGACCAUUUUGAUUUUGCACAACACAAGUUUUAAUCUAUGGAGAUGAAGAAAUAAAGAACUCCAAGGACCCUUCCAUGGACGUCUAAGUCACCUGCUGGAAGUGACAGCGAGGAACUCCGGAGACCAUCCGCAAACUGAACCUAAUCGAGCAGAAGUACAAAGGGUCCCCAUCAAGUGUACUGCACACCGAGGAGACGCUUAUAAUUUGGGAAGCACAAUCCAGUUAAACGCUCAUCACUUCCACUGGAGUCUUUUAAGCGGCACAACAACGUACGAUAUUGCAACAAUUUAUAUAUAUAUAUAUAUAUUUUUUUUAUGGAAGAAUCGCCGUCACAUAGACGAGAAAUUCGACACAUGCAUCAAUUAUCAUAAACCCCACGUGUCUAAAUAUAUACAUUUUUUUUUAUUUAGGCUUAAAAUAUUUUUUUUUUUGGAUUACUGAUACAGAAUAUAUAGUAAUUGAGUAGCUGUAUAUCUAGAUUCCGUAUAGAUAAUAGGCGUUGCAUUGUCACCUGCCUGACUGGACCACCAGGUCAGUGAAAGGUGCACCAAGAGCGUCGGGUGGAUGCAGGAACAUGGAGGAGAAAAGCAGGUCGCCAGCAGUGCCAAGGUGACCCUGUACCCGGCCGAAGGAGGUGGCUGUGCGGGGGGCUCACCCAUUGGGAAGAUGGGCUGCUGUGGGGUACCUGUGGAGGACAUGCAAGCCCUAGCCAUCAACUCGCUGUCCAGCGCCGACAUCCACAAGCACUACGAGCACAUCCGCGAGCUGGGAAAGGGCACGUACGGCAAGGUGGACCUGGUGGCUCACCGCACACAGGGAACAAAACUGGCGCUGAAAUUUGUCAACAAGAACAAGACGAAGCUGAAGAGCUUCCUGCGCGAGUACACCAUCACAAACAACCUCAGCUGUAGCCCGUUCAUCAUCAACGUGCUUGACGUGCUCUUUGAGACAGAGGACAGCUACGUCUUCGGCCAGGAGUACGCGCCCGCCGGGGACCUCUUCGACAUCAUUCCCCCGCAGGUGGGCCUUCCCGAGGAGAUGGUGAAGCGCUGCAUCCAGCAGCUGGGUCUCGCCCUGGACUUCAUGCACAGCAAGAGCCUGGUGCACCGCGACGUCAAACCCGAGAACGUGCUCCUCUUCGACCGCGAGUGCCGGCGCGUCAAGCUGGCCGACUUUGGCAUGACGCGGCGCGUCGGCUGCCGGGUGAAGCGCAUCAGCGGCACCAUCCCCUACACGGCUCCUGAGGUGUGCCAGGCCAGCCGUACCGAGGGCUUUCUGGUGGACUGCAGCCUGGACAUCUGGGCCUUCGGGGUGCUCAUCUUCUGCAUGCUGACCGGCAACUUCCCCUGGGAGGCGGCUCUUCCGUCCGACGCCUUCUACGACGAGUUCCUGCGCUGGCAGCGCGGCCCCUGCCGCCCGGGUGUCUUCCCGUCGCAGUGGCGGCGCUUUACGGACGACGCGCUGCGCAUGUUCCAGCGGCUGCUCGCCGUCGAGCCCGAGAAGCGCUGCUCCGUCAAGGACGUGUUCCACUUCAUCAAGUAUGAGCUGAUGAGCGCCCUCCGGAGGCGCACUUCCUGCCGGGGCAAGAGGGCUGAACGUACUGUGCCAGCUGGCCCCAGCGGUUCCACGGGCCCUCGGCCCGGCCUCCGGCACCCCGAGACCUCCACGCCGCCCUCCACUGCCUGCCUACGACCGGCGCCUCUUAAACGCAGUGUCCCGUCAGAUCCCAGCUCCGCCCGAUCCGACUCCGGGUUGCACCAGUCCCCUGGGAGGCAAGAAAAGGGAAAAGGCCAGAUGGUGAUGGCCACGGCAAUCGAGAUCUGCGUGUGAUGGACAUACCAGGCCACACGUUCUAACCUCCAGCCCUAUAAGCCCCAACACCCCCCGCCCCGGAAACCCGUAGUCAUCCCAACGGCUGGCCUCUCUAUCACUUACGCCGGAGAGAUCAGUUUUUUACAUUCAGUUUUAAACCUUUCCCUUCAAGGACAAGAUGGAAAAAAAAGUAUUUAUCGUGCACAACUUCCCAAGGUUACGCGAAGCUGGUAUCGGACUCAUUUGGUUUUAAAAGGGCUUUGCGUCUGAAGUAUGACAGGCAGAGUAUAAUAUCUCACGAUACCGUUUGCACAACAGCGAGCUCGGGGUUGGCGGCAUGCCAUUCCUUACCCCGCUUUAUUGUGACCCUCUCCUCCUCCUUUGCCCGGGAUCGACCACGCCUGCUGAUUUCCUGCAAAGUGCUGAUCAAAGGGAACCUUUAAAGAACUCAUGUCUAGACUUCGUUAGAGAGUUUUCCUCCGUGUUCCCUGAAGAGGCCCGGAUCUGCCUACUGUUGUUUGUCAGGAUCUGCGAGGGCCAGUGAUCCCAGGGGCACGUCGACCCGAAUCGAGCUCCCGACAUCCGCAGACUGCGGAUUAACCAACUGCCGAGAGGGACUUUUGUACAAGAAAAUGCAGUCGAAGCCGAAACGUUCCGAGGAGACGCGAGGCUGGAACCCUGAAGUAGCACACUCGAAAUGGCUCCUUUUUUCUUAAGUGCGUUUUCAAACCGUGUCUUAUGUAUGCCCAAGGAGCAGGGCUGAGGAAAAAGACUGUGUGAUAAUGUAAAAGUAAUCUCAGGACUGCACUCAGGGGCAGACUUCCUGUUCUAGAGUUUUUCUACGUAGCCUUUUGAAGUUCUACCUUCAUUUAAUUACUCUCCGAGAAAGGAAAUGGGCUCUCAGACGCCCCUCGUUCAGCGAGUAGCCUUGGUACGCGAGCCCCAUUGCCGUAGAAGUGGUGCUGAAGGUUCACAUCUUCCAAUAUAGAAAGUAUGUGUCAGUCUUGUAAACAUUACACUGGAAACAGCUUCCCUCUGCUGCUUCUCUUCUGUUAAAAAACAGGUCGUUUUUUUGUGUGUGCGUGCGUGUUCACGCGUGUGUUUGCGCGAGAGAGCGUGAAUGAGGUGUGAGGAACGGACUCCCUUUUAGUAAUUGAAGACUUCGACAUGAACGGUGAAGCACAAUCUAUUAGAGUAGGGACCGAUGUUGCAUAGAGUUGCCAUUGUUUUACAUCAUCAGUCCACUGCCUGCUCACCGCUUCCCGAAAUAACAAAAGCACAUCAAGCUGCCAUGUGCUCCAAGCGAGCAGCAUCAGCUGCCUUCGGCGCUGAUUAUUUGCGACACUUUGUGCUAAAUUGUCCACCCGUCUAUUGAUCAAAUGUUUUUUUUUUUUUUUUUUAAAGAUUCUGUCAUUGUGAAUGUUUUCAUCUCGUACAUCUACUUAUAACAUUUUCCAUCUUUUCCAUUUACGUUUGAGGGUAUCUCUGUGGUCGGCUGCAUCAUAUCAAUCCCCAGUAGCAUAUUCGGUAGUAUAGCUACAGUUUCAUACUUAGAAUAUACAGGUAGAAAUUCUUCGUAAGUCAUAUCUGACAUUUAGAAUUUAACUGACUGCUCACUGGCCAGCUUUCAAUUGGAAAUUUUUUGGAAUUUCACCCACUCGGUAGUAGAACCUUCCCAGCAUGCACCGGAAAGAUGAUCUAGAGCACCUCGUCCCAUGAAUUCUCUGCCGGAAUCUAUUUAGAAGUAGAACACGUGGGUAGCUUGAAAUGGGGUGGGGGGUCUAAGGCUAAGGGGCUGCUGUUUAGAAAACUGUACUGUAUGUAGCAAAAAAUAGGACAGAACUGAAAACAUUUUUUUCUAGUAGACAGGAACCUUAAUGCAAGGUUGUGAUUGGACAAGAAGCAAUUGGAUUUAUUGUAUGUCGAUUUUGUGCCAUUAGCUGUCUCAUACGAGCUUUAGGGCUGUGAAGCGCACUGGCUCAUGUCGUAGCGGCUCUCAUCACACAUUUCACUCUAUGAGUAAUCAACCAUUCAUCAGCCAGACCAGAUGAUACCUGCAACUACAUCUUGGAGAGUCCUCAGCAAAAUCACUCCAGGCUUCAAUCUGAGUAUCUCAGCCACUACUUCACCCUGCAGUCUGCAGAUCACUGAUUUCAGCCUCACAUUGUAGCAUAAAAACAUAUAGCGUAACGCCAAACCACAAGAGCAGGAUGUGAAGUUUACACAGAAAAUGGCACACACUGAAAUGUGACGUGUUCCAGUAAACGUAGACUAUUGAAACUUGCGAGUAUGUUUUUAGCAUCUCUUCUUAGGUCUUUAAGAGACAAAAAGGGUUUGUUUUCAUCCGUUUCAUCGCGUCCUGCCACAUUUUCACUCUGCAUGGCUUCCGUAGUUUUAUUUUGCCCCAUCGACACAAACACAGUAUUGUAGGUCAGCUGCUCUUGUCCAAUCACGUUCACGCAGGAUUUUAGGAAUAGUGACUAUUUCUGCCUUAGGGCUUUAUGUUUUCAAAUAGUGCAAUAAUGUAGAUGACAGAAGUAGUUGAACUAUGCUACUGUUUACCUCAGUUGUCCUACUUGUACCAGCUCAGCUUGUUUUUCUCCCUUUGUAUGAAUAUCUAUGAUGUAUAUAAUGGACAUUUACUCUGCCCAUCCGCACAUAUUACAAAAAAAUCUCUAAGUCUCUUAGCCUAAGAAUUCAAAUUUGUGUACUGUACUUGAAUAUAAGUGUCAUUUUUCCUUACUCUAUGUGUCAAUCGAAAAAGACCAGAAUUAAAGCUGAUAUUUAA